AUGGUUGGAAAACUGACACAGGGAGGGGAAUGGAAGCCGAACAGUCGGAGUCACAACUGUUGGUGCUGGUGGCAAAGCAGUGCCAGAUCCAGCAGUCGGCCCCAUCAGUCGAGCUGUCGGCCCUAUCAUUUCAGCAGUCGGCCCUAUCAUUUCAGCAGUCGGCCCCAUCAGUUCAGCAGUCGGCCCCAUCAGUCGAGCUGUCGGCCCUAUCAUUUCAGCAGUCGGCCCCAUCAGUUCAGCAGUCGGCCCCAUCAGUCCAGCAGUCGGCCCCAUCAUUUCAGCAGUCGGCCCCAUCAGUCGAGCUGUCGGCCCUAUCAUUUCAGCAGUCGGCCCCAUCAUUUCAGCAGUCGGCCCCAUCAGUCCAGCAGUCGGCCCUAUCAUUUCAGCAGUCGGCCCCAUCAGUCCAGCAGUCGGCCCUAUCAUUUCAGCAGUCGGCCCCAUCAGUCCAGCAGUCGGCCCUAUCAUUUCAGCAGUCGGCCCCAUCAGUCCAGCAGUCGGCCCUAUCAUUUCAGCAGUCGGCCCCAUCAGUCCAGCAGUCGGCCCUAUCAUUUCAGCAGUCGGCCCCAUCAGUCCAGCAGUCGGCCCCAUCAGUCCAGCAGUCGGCCCUAUCAUUUCAGCAGUCGGCCCCAUCAGUUCAGCAGUCGGCCCCAUCAGUUCAGCAGUCGGCCCCAUCAGUCCAGCAGUCGGCCCCAUCAGUCGAGCUGUCGGCCCUAUCAUUUCAGCAGUCGGCCCUAUCAUUUCAGCAGUCGGCCCCAUCAUUUCAGCAGUCGGCCCCAUCAGUCCAGCAGUCGGCCCUAUCAUUUCAGCAGUCGGCCCCAUCAGUCCAGCAGUCGGCCCUAUCAUUUCAGCAGUCGGCCCCAUCAGUCCAGCAGUCGGCCCUAUCAUUUCAGCAGUCGGCCCCAUCAGUCCAGCAGUCGGCCCUAUCAUUUCAGCAGUCGGCCCCAUCAGUCCAGCAGUCGGCCCCAUCAGUCCAGCAGUCGGCCCCAUCAGUCCAGCAGUCGGCCCUAUCAUUUCAGCAGUCGGCCCUAUCAUUUCAGCAGUCGGCCCCAUCAGUCCAGCAGUUGGCCCUAUCAUUUCAGCAGUCGGCCCCAUCAGUCCAGCAGUCGGCCCUAUCAUUUCAGCAGUCGGCCCUAUCAUUUCAGCAGUCGGCCCCAUCAGUCCAGCAGUCGGCCCCAUCAGUCCAGCAGUCGGCCCCAUCAGUCGAGCUGUCGGCCCUAUCAUUUCAGCAGUCGGCCCCAUCAGUUCAGCAGUCGGCCCCAUCAGUCCAGCAGUCGGCCCCAUCAUUUCAGCAGUCGGCCCCAUCAGUCGAGCUGUCGGCCCUAUCAUUUCAGCAGUCGGCCCCAUCAUUUCAGCAGUCGGCCCCAUCAGUCCAGCAGUCGGCCCCAUCAUUUCAGCAGUCGGCCCCAUCAGUCCAGCAGUCGGCCCUAUCAUUUCAGCAGUCGGCCCCAUCAGUCCAGCAGUCGGCCCUAUCAUUUCAGCAGUCGGCCCCAUCAGUCCAGCAGUCGGCCCUAUCAUUUCAGCAGUCGGCCCCAUCAGUCCAGCAGUCGGCCCCAUCAGUCCAGCAGUCGGCCCUAUCAUUUCAGCAGUCGGCCCUAUCAUUUCAGCAGUCGGCCCCAUCAGUCCAGCAGUCGGCCCUAUCAUUUCAGCAGUCGGCCCCAUCAGUUCAGCAGUUGGCCCCAUCAGUCCAGCAGUCGGCCCUAUCAUUUCAGCAGUCGGCCCCAUCAGUCCAGCAGUCGGCCCUAG